AUGGCUAUUGAGCAUCCCAAGGGUAACAAAAGAAAGCUCAAAAAGUUCUAUAAUCGACAGAACAAGCUUAUCGACCAGUUUCUUGGUGCAGAGGAUGAAGAGAGACAACAGGUUGCUGAAGAUGCCCGGAAUGGCCCCAAAAUUAAGUUCGCCGUCAACGCAUCUUUUACUGUGAACUUCUGUCUUUUUGUCAUCCAGCUUUAUGCUGCAGUUUCAACCGGAUCUCUUUCGCUGUUUGCAACUGCAGCCGAUGCUUUCAUGGACCUCGUCUCAUCCUUCGUCAUGCUCGUUACCUCGAGAAUGGCAGCCCGGCCAAGCGUUUAUAAGUAUCCGGUGGGACGAACCAGGAUUGAGACCAUUGGUAUCAUUCUAUUUUGCGCUCUUAUGACCACGGUCGCUAUUCAGUUGCUCGUUGAGUCAGGUCGCGCCCUUGGCGAGGGCAAGCGAGCCUCUGAGGAAUUGCACGUGAUCCCUAUCAUCAUUGUUGGCAUUGCCAUCUUUGCCAAGGGCACGUUAAUGUUGUAUUGCUUCACUUACAGAAAAUUUCCUUCGGUGCAUGUCUUCUUUAUCGACCACCGCAACGACAUCGUCGUCAAUAGCUUCGGUCUCAUAAUGUCCGUUGUUGGCGAUCGCUUCGUAUGGUAUCUCGACCCCAUAGGUGCCAUCUGCAUUGCCUUGCUCAUUCUGUUCUCAUGGGUCUCCAACGCCUUCGAGCAGGUAUGGCUAUUGGUUGGCAAGUCUGCGCCAAGAGAUUUCAUUGCCAAGCUAGUUUACAUGUCAAUGACCCACGACACUCGGAUCCUCAAAGUUGAUACUUGCCGGGCGUACCAUGCUGGUCAGAAAUACUACGUCGAGAUUGACGUUAUCAUGGACGAGUUGACCCCGCUAAAGAUAUCUCAUGACGUGGCGCAGGACUUGCAGAGGAAGGUUGAAGGGCUGUCGGACGUCGAGAGGGCUUUUGUCCAUGUUGACUAUGAGGACAUACACAGCGUACAAACCGAGCAUAAGGCACUCUAUGAAAGAGUCGAGAAAAAGCCAAAGAGAACGUUGAAGGACAUAUUGUUGCGGUCAAAGAAGGAUACAAGCCAAGCAAGCGAGACUGAAAUUUCGAGUGGACAGAACUUGGCGUAA